AACAUUUGAUUGGUCCGGGCCGCUGACACGCAGGCGGAUUGUCAGUUGUAGUCAUACGAUCUGUCAUCAUCCUUCGUACAAUGCGAAAAGGGAAGUUGAAAGAAGUGGGAGAGGGACACCGCGGAGCCUUACGAAAUCUACCGAUUCAGUUCCUGUCCGGAUAGUCGACACACUGUGAAGAGACUCUGAAGUGCUAAGGAUAAAUCGGGCCGGAGACAACACCCCUAUUAUCCAGGCUGCCCUUCUUUUCUUUUUGGUGUUAUUAAAGGUUCUUGCCACCACAUCAGCGCUCAGGGGAAGAGACCACACAGAGUGACAUGGCAAGUAGAGGUGGAGCCACGCGACCCAAUGGACCUAACGCCGGCAACAAGAUCUGCCAGUUCAAACUCGUGCUUCUAGGAGAGUCAGCGGUGGGAAAGUCGAGUCUCGUACUUCGAUUUGUCAAGGGCCAGUUUCACGAAUUCCAAGAGAGCACAAUCGGAGCUGCCUUCCUGACUCAGACAGUAUGUUUGGACGACACAACAGUCAAAUUUGAAAUCUGGGACACAGCUGGUCAGGAGCGCUACCACAGUCUGGCUCCUAUGUACUACAGAGGCGCCCAGGCAGCCAUUGUGGUCUAUGAUAUCACAAAUGAGGAGUCAUUUGUACGAGCGAAGAACUGGGUCAAAGAACUUCAGAGACAAGCCAGUCCAAACAUUGUAAUAGCCCUGGCUGGGAACAAGGCCGACCUCGCUAGCAAGAGAGCUCUGGACUUCCAGGAUGCACAGUCAUACGCAGAUGACAACAGUUUGCUCUUCAUGGAAACUUCAGCAAAAACCUCCAUGAACGUGAACGAGAUUUUCAUGGCCAUCGCCAAGAAACUUCCGAAGAACGAGCCGCAGGCCGCCGGGACCAGCAGCGGGCGGAACCGGGGCGUGGACCUGACGGAGUCGGCUCAGCCCAGCAGCCGCCCCUGCUGCAGUAACUAACCCGGCUCCUCUUCCUCCUCCUCCUUCUCCUUUUCCUCCUCUUCCUCUCGGCUCCACCCGGCAGCAUCUGGAACGUCCGACCCGUUUGGUUUCCAGAUGUGCGACCCGCUCUUCACCCUCACCUUCCUGGAUUAGCUAAAAGACUCUGUAUAGCUGCAUUUCUAAUACCUUUUGUUUUGUUUUUUGUUGAUGUUUUUUUUUUGUUUUUUAACUUUUUUUAAGAAGUGUAUAUCAGUAUAACGGAUGCAUGUAUCACUACAA